GAAGUAGAGGGAGGCAGAAAUACUAGAUUUAAUGUCUGAGUAAUGGAUGGACAAUUAACAUAAAUAAUUUAGCAAUUCUAAUCAAAUGAGAGACUAUAUUCAUAUUCGUGGAGGCAUUAGAGCCUUUCAAGUAAAAACUCAUCAAGUCACGAGGCAAAUUUUCCAUCUGAUAUUUCGUAAUGGCACUUCCUCCAUAAAGCCACACCUCUGCAGCCCGUAGUGUUUUAAAGCAAUAACCACUUCUCUCAGAGUCCCAGACAGCUCUACUCAUACAAACCUCUACAGGGACACCUUGUUGUAUAGACAUGGAGGGUCAAAUAGAGAGAGGAAAUUCAAGCAAGCAAGACUUAAUUAAUGAGAAUAAACGGGGCCUUGGUGCCUGUGAAUGGAUCCUUGUUACCCUGUCUACUUUCUUCACGUUGCUAAUAUUCCCGUUUACAAUUUUUUUUAGCCUCAAGAUUGUUCAAGAAUAUGAACGAGCUGUAAUAUUCAGACUUGGCCGCAUCACAGCUAGGAAGCCAAAGGGACCGGGUAUCUUCUUCGUCAUUCCCUGCACUGACAGCUUUGUAAAGGUGGAUAUGAGAACAGUAUCAUUCGACAUUCCUCCUCAAGAGAUUCUGACAAAGGACUCGGUGACAGUAAGUGUGGACGGAGUGGUGUAUUUCCGGGUGAGUGAUCCCAUAGCCUCCGUGGCAAAUGUCAGCAAUGCUGAUUACGCUACACGCCUGCUUGCCCAGACUACCCUGAGGAACGUUCUAGGCACCAAGAACCUAGCUGAGGUUCUGUCAGACCGGGAGAGUAUCUCUCACAGCAUGCAGAUGACUUUGGAUGAGGCCACAGACUCUUGGGGCAUUAAGGUUGAGCGUGUGGAGAUAAAGGAUGUGAAGCUGCCUCAUCAGCUUCAGAGGGCCAUGGCAGCAGAGGCUGAGGCAGCCCGCGAGGCUAGAGCUAAGGUGAUUGCAGCAGAGGGAGAGAUGAACGCUUCACGUGCUCUGAAAGAGGCCUCUCUGGUGAUCGCUGAAUCUCCCUCUGCCCUACAGCUACGUUACCUGCAGACACUCAGCACCAUUGCUGCUGAAAAGAACUCCACCAUCGUCUUCCCACUGCCCAUAGACAUCUUGGGUCAAUUCAUAAAAAAGUGAAUUCCGAUAUUGACCGACUCCAGAUAGUCGCUCACAAAUAUGAAUGUUUACGUUUUGUAUUGAUUGAUAUGUAUUGCUUAACAGGAUGAUGUAUUACUUUGAACUUCAGUGUUUGCAGGACUUAGUGUUUGCAGGACUGUAUAUGUGUAGUGUUUUUGAUCCUCAAAGAGAAAUAAAAAAACCCAAUCAACAGUUUAACUAUUUUAAUAUUUGCAACAUUUACAGCUUCUGUAUAUACAGUCCCCUCCAGUCCCCUAUUGGAAUGGCAAGGCUAGUUCUACUGUUUUUGCUAUACAAUGAAUACAUUUAGAAAUAAAUAUCAGGGAAUGAAAGCUGAAAUUCUGAUUUAUCAUCUCAUAUUCACCUAUUAAAGAAACAAAAGAAUCCUUAUACUUCUUAAGAGUUCCUGUACUUUCGGAGGGUCUGUAUUUUACAAUAUUAAUGUGAGGAUAUACUGGUUAUCUGUAGGUAAUAGAUUUACUGUAUAUUAUACUGAAUUAUGAUAAUAUGUGAUAUAUCAAUGUUUAAAAAAUAUAAUAAUUAGUAUAUAUUUUAAUAUAUAUAAAAAAUAUCAUAUUUAUAUUAUGUUUUAAAAAAUUAUUUUUUUAGCUAAUUGAAUACCUUGAUACAGUAAUACAAUAUAUGAAAGGGCCCAAGAAUGAAUUUCAUUCAAAACAUUUAGUGACGCUGUCCAUCAAUAUUAUGUCACAAUGAAAUGAAUGACUGAAAGAUUUUCAGAGUUUCAGAAUCAAGGUCUAAAACACCCUAAAACAUACAGAAUUUUACCAUCGUUAAUGCUGUGCUUAUGUCACUAAGUGCUCUACAAUGUGAGUAACUGUGUCUCAGUAGUUAUGGUAGUUAGUUAUCUCAGAAACUGUGCUGUUGUCACCGUCAUCUUCAGUAGUCAGCAUUUUGGACUCCUCCUCCAUGUCCAGUCGCAGCCAGAGCACAACACUGAAGAAUAUAAUUAGAGGAACAUUUGGUACAUAGAACGCUGAUGACUUUCAUAUGGUAUAUUUAAUGUGGAAGGAAAAAAACAUGAUGGGGAAUGAUGAUUAUUAGAAUGUAUAAUAAUGUAAUAAUACAAUAAUAAAUUUUCUUUGUUAAAUAACACAA